AUGGCUUCCAAAUAUUAUUCACGGCAUCUGGCUGACGGGUUUUUGGACGAGAUCUACGGGAAAAUCACGCGACGCUGGAAAUGGCAUGAAUAUGGGCUAUGCCAAUGCGAAGUGCCCGAAGCCUCAUUGGAGCUCUUCCUCAAAAGAAGCCCCGCCCCCAUCUGCCCUGUUUUUCUUCAAAGAUCGCCCGAUCUUCAGAUCUCUGCAAAUUGCCCAAAUUCCCCUCACCACGAUCCGUAUGUUUUUCGAAAACCCGAAACGCACGUCAGUUUUUACGAGGGAGACCGAUAUACAGAGACCAAUUACGACCUGCCGACUUCCGCUGAAUUUACGGUAGAAAUUGGGUGGAAGAAAAUUAUCGAAUAUGUGGAAAAGAAAUGGAAAAUCCCGGAAGAUUUGCUUUUUAUGGUGUUGCCAGGCCCUUCUUGCGAAUUUCCAGGCCUCCUACGCCAAAAAUACCUCUCGAUUUGGACUAACAAAAUCGAGCAAACGCACAUCAUUUUCAACAUCGAUGUGUCGACGCGGAAUUUGGGACAAAAUAUUGAAAUCAGCUACGCGACUCCGGGCGGCUGCCGUAAUUACGGACUUGAACAAAUCGUGGAAGCCGAAGAGUUGUUGCAAGAGCUGGCGGAA